CUUCCCUCCCUGCUCCCUCACUCAACCGCCCCUGUUUUGUUGUUUGGCUAAAGAUGGCGUUAGCGGCUAAUACAGACGAUUGCAUUUUGUUUCACAAAAAUUAUUCGGCCAGUGGUAACAAAACAUUGACCAAAUAGGGCUUUAGUUCGUUAUUUGAUGUGCAAAAUAUGUUACACUGAACAAAGCCACGUCCAUUACGUGGAACAACGCUUGUUCGGCCUUCUCACGAUGUUGGCCUGUUUUUCAGGGAGUGGACCGAAGCUGUUGGAACUCCAUCUCCCGUCACUAACUGCGGCGUCAGUCAGACAGACCAUGGAAUCAUCACCUGGACAAGGUGACUGGAAACAUUCUCGAGCAUCCUCUAAAGAAGGGCGCCCAUUGUCACCAGAGUCUUCCUUGACCUGGUGCUUGGCUCACCUCUCCAAACCAGGGGCUGAACAUCAGGGAAAUGGUAAGGCUGACUCAGGCAGUGGCAAAGAUGUAGACAGGAGGUUCAGAGACUCUCAGUGGCGGGCCCUGGUUGCUAUUCGAACACAGCACAUCAAGGGUGACAAGGCGGGUAUUGCUAGAUUCAGAACUCAAGGGGGUCUCCGGCCCUUGCUGGACCUACUUAAACAACCAGAGUGCUCCAGAAAACCACUGGACCUGGCUCUGAGCAUUCUGGCAAACUGUUGCACUGAGCUGGAGACACGCACAGAGGUACGGAAGCUUGAUGGAAUCAAUAUUGUAGUGGAGAUCCUAAAGAGAAAUAUGACAUUGGAGACUGUCCAGAACCGAGCAGCCCGGGCUUUGGGAAACCUGGCCAUGGAUCCAGAGAGCUCAGCACUGAUCCACUCUGCUGGUGGUGUUCCUCUCCUCCUCCUCUGUGUGUCUCUUUCCUCUGCCCCAUCUUCCCCCACUACUGCUUCACCCAAAGAGCCUUGUCCUAAACUGGAAUGUGCUCAGUCGGCUGCUCGGGCUCUCCUCUACCUCUCAGAUACACCCUCUAACCGCCUGUCACUGCUCACCCAAGGGACCUUAUCUGCUGUUGCCCCUUUCAUCGCUCCAGAAUAUCCCCAUGGUCUGAGGCGAGUGGCACUCAGGACCCUCCACGAGCUGACCCGUGGCUGUGGUGUCGAAUGUGCCAGGGAGGUGUCCCGUUCAGGGGUCCUUGCUCAGCUUGGUGUCAUGGCGUCGGGGGAGUCUGGCAAACCUUUUCAAGAGCUGGCACUGAAAACUUUGGCCAACAUGUGCUCCCAAGGGUGCCUGCGCCCUCUGGUGGGGUCACUGGGGGUCAUUCCAAAGUUCACUGACGAAGUGAAGAGGGACCCACUGAAGUCUGGAGUCUUUCUCAAGGCGCUGUGCUUGUGCUGCAAGGAAGCCGUCAAUCGGGCCAAGGUGAAGGAGAGUGAUGGACUGGAGGUGCUAAUUGGCUUUUUGUCUGCUCAUCAGGCUCAUCCUCUUUCCCGGCUAGCCAUCCUGGCCUGUGUAGACUUUGUUUUUGAUGAAUCUGCCAUGGAGCAGUUGCAGGAGUUAGGGCUGGUCCCUCUGCUUGUUGCACGACUAGUCAAGCUCACCAGAGGAGAGGACCAAUUUGCUGAGAAGAUGGAUGUAAGCAUCUCCUCCAGCAUAUCCCCCAAUGAACUCCUGCCCUCAUCGUGUUUUGAUUCCUUUGACUUUCCUUCUCCUGAGGGCUCCAAGAAGGAGGAAGCUGGAAGGGAGCAAGGUCUAUGCUCGUCCAGCUUUCUAAGUCUCAGGUCCUGGUUGGUGUCUGAGGGAUUGAUCUCUUCUGAGGGGGACUUGCUGGAUUCCUCUGGUGUUGACAGGGAAUGGGGUAGUCUUCAGAUCACGGCGUCUUCAUCCCCUCAAACCUCACCCCCAAACCCCGAUUCUAAAUCUCUUAAAACUUCUUUUUCAUCCAAUUCUGCUGCCUCUUCUGUUUCUAAAAAGGCUGCUCAGCCUUCCCCUGUGUCCUCUUCAGCUCAGCCCCAGUUGUCAUCUUCAUGGAAAAUCGCUGAUCCCUCUAGUCCUCAGCCUUGCCAUGCACUCAUACCCCAAACCCAACCCAUUUCCUCUAGUAUCUCCUCUCCCACUAAAAUGGCCCAGACUCCAGUAUUUCCAUCCAAGUUCUCAUCCCCUCACCAAAGGAGGCAGCAGGCUUUUUCUUUUUUGACUAAGGUGACCAUUGAUACCCCUCCCUCUCUGCCCCGCCCGAUGGCUUACCACCACCCUUACCACCCUGAACCCUGGACGCCUGAGUCUCCCAUCCUGCUGCUGCUGUCACGUUUCUCCCACGCCACCGACCCAAGUGCUGCUCUGGUCAGUUCAGGCAUCAUGUCUGGCUUGCUCUACUACCUCACCCAGCACCGGGACCCCAGCAGCAGGUGCUUCCGUAUGCUUUGCCGGUUGAGCUGCAACCCAAACUGUUUGCAGGCACUGGUUCGAACUGGCUCUGUAGCACUGAUUCAUCACCUUCUCUGCCAGAGAGAGGGAGGGUUUGAGGGAGAAGUGAGGCAGACUGGCAGAGUGAAAGCCAAAGUUAAACAACUUGGUGUUGCACUUCUCAAUAAUCUGCGUGUCCAGUGUGAGUCUGGUUUUGGCUCCGGGGUUCUCACCCAUGUGAUGCUGUCAGGCUCCGAGUCAGACAAGAUGAAUUGUGCACUAUCUUUGCCGUUAAUCAGCAGCAACAAGUCCCUGUUGAAGAAACUUCUUCUGGAUAGCGGAGGGCUGCUCUUGGCUCUGCAGCCACUUGUCUGUAAUGACAAUGAUGUGGAUGAAGAUAACCCCAUGGAAUGUGGAAGGUUGCUUUCUGACUUGUGUAAUUCACCACAUUCAGGCCUGAUCACUCAGCUCCACUCACUGUACUUCUCUCUCCUGAUUGAAUGCCUGUCCACCCUGACACGUAGCGUUAAAACUGAGCUCGACAAGAAACAUGUACAUCCAGUUGCAACACAGUCAGUCAGUAAAACUGGCAGAGUUUCGCCCCCUCCUUCAAAAAAGCCCCGCCUAGUUGACCUCUGUCCUUACAGUGUCUCAGACUUUGAUCUUGUUUUGCUGCUGGACAACGGGACUCAGGUCCCAGCUAACAGAGAGGCUGUGGCCGGGGUGGAGGGAACACACAAAGUCGCCUCUGAAUACUUCAGGGCUCUGUUGAGAGGCAGAUUUGUAGAAGCUCAGGGUAAAUCAGAAGAGGCCAUCCACAUCAAAGAUGUUAGCACAGGAAUGCUGCUACCAGUACUGCAUUAUCUGCAUGGGUGUCGCUUCACAGAUGGAGAGCAUAAAGGACAGUGUCACAUUUUAAAUACCUUGGUCCUUGAAGGACUGAGUAUCUGCCAACAGGAGAUGGAGGAACAUUCAUCAGAAGACUUAACUUUCCAAAAAACAUCUUUAGGCCAGAUGAUGAUUGGAGCCUGCAGAUUUUUGGUGACUGAGCUGCAGAGAGAGCUGGAGGAUCUCUGUGUGUCUCUUCUCCUGUCCUGCACCAUCAAGGCUGCUAGUCGAGCUGCAUCAGCUCCCAUAGAGGACGAUGCUGAAAAGGCUGCAUCUAAAACAGACCAAGAAUGCCUCGAGUCCGCUGAGGAGGCCCUGGCUAAUCCAACAUCUGAGCUUGACCUGACUGGUUCCAAAAUGCAAACAGAAAAUUCACCAGGACAGAUGAAGAAACCAAACAGGUCCUUAACACAAACAGAUAAUAAGAAAUCCUGUUUGGCCGGAAGAGUUCAAAAGUCCAACAGAGGACUUAAUACAGCUUUGGGCCAGAAGACAAUCAAAAGUGCCACUCCAGUUUCCAAACUGAGAUGUGCUUCAGUGGUGGACAAAUCACUCAAUUCAGAAGAGUUGACAUUAAGACCAAAGAGGUUGAUAAAAAGUUAUUCACAGCUGAAAUCAGCAAAGCUAUGUCAGUCAGAAGCUGGUGCCAGAGGUGGGGCCCUGGCUGCUCUCCUCCCACAGGUAUACUGGUUUUCCCAGCACUACGGCUACCCAGCGCUGGGUCGGGCCUGCCUGGCUCUGCUGCUGGGCUGUCAGGACUGUUCUCAGCCCUUCUCAUCCUUCUCCCUUGCUGGUGAUUGCCUUCACAGACUAGCCAGAGAGGCUGACUGUACAGAGACUCUGAAACGGGACCUGCUAAGUCUGGCCACAAUAGCUUUGAGCUGAGAUAGGAAGUAUUGAGUGGGGAGUCCAAUGACAUGAAGUCAGAGGGCACAAUUAAGUGAGAAUUAUCUAAGCUUCUAGAAGAGUUGCCAUUAAUUUUAUAACCUGCCCUUGUACUAUCAAGUGGACAGUACAGGUGCAGAGUAAUCUCUGAUGAAUUUCCUGAGCACUAACAGAACUGACUUCUGAUUGUUUAUUGUCAUAAUUUGGAUGCACAAUUUUUUUUUAGCAUGGAUGUAAAUUGACAUGAACUGCCACAGCAUGGCAUCAUUUUGUUAUAAUUUACCUUUGUUGGAUUAACUUGACAUUUGUAAUUUUAAUUUUAACAUUUUCUUAAUUUGGGGAAAAAGGCUAAGCAGUUGUUUAUAAUUGAUGUGUCAUUUAUCUAGAAGUACUGGGAUUAUCAGAGUUUAUUUUGUACAUAGAAAUAAUAUGGCCUGUAUACGGUGUAUAGGUUUCACUUGUUCCAUAUGAAUUUCUGUCACUGAAUAUAUUGCUUGAACAUCACUUUGCCUUUGUUUUUUUGUUUCUUGAGACUUGGUGUACAGAAUGGACACAGCAAUUUGACUGAGUGGUCUAAGAUGAUGUAUGUUGCUUAUAUCAUUUCAAUUACACAACAAAGAGUGAAACAGCUAUUGGAUUUGUUGUUAUAAAAUUUGGUGGGUACUCAUCAUCUCCAGACCAAAACCAUCUCUCAGUACUGUCCAGCGUUCCAUAUUUAUUUGUGGCUGUCAGCACCACUGAUUCCCACUGAAAAUGCAAACCUUUAAUUUGUUUGCUUUAUAUUUUUUUGUGCAACAGUCGAGCUGAGUGGCACAGAGGAAUUUCCUAUAGCGGGUUUGGGUUAACAAAAUAUUACCAGACUUGCUCAUUUAAGCCUGUGUGCAAGAUUUGAGUUUGUAGCUUAGCGCCCCUUAGUGGCAGCUUCUAUUAAUACACCACGAGAGACUGCAACACUUGAAAUACUGUAGCUCAGUAUGGUCGAACGGAAAAGAGACGUAAAACCACUCUUGUCUGAAAAAC